UAAUUUCUUGAAUAAAUCCUCAUUUUGCCACCCUUUGUGUUAAUUGGAACGGCAAUGAUGAUGCGAGUAAAAAAUUUAAAAAAUCAACUAUCGAUGUAUCGAUUACGUGCAAUCGAUUUUAAAACAACGACACGUUGGCGGCGCCGUUAACCAGCAGCACAUUUUUAUACCGUUGUCCUCUGUGGCUCGAAACGUUUUCCAGUAUUUAUCUCAGUAUUUUUUUUAUAUUUAUAACAAACACUGAAUCCGUUUUUUCAUUUUGUGAGUUGUCAAUAUCUCAAUUGAAUGUUAACAAAGUGUUUAGAAAAGUUAUAGGAUCAGAAUGAGGAUUAUCCGAUUGAGAAGGAGCCAUCUGGUAAAUCUACUACUCGGAUCAACUCUUGCCUUGCUCUUUUUUUAUGCAGUUGUCUCAUUUUUCUUUGGCACUGAAGUUCCAAAAUUCAAAGAAUACUGGGCCGAGAGUAUCCAAGGUAAAAGAGCACCAGUACUUACCGAAGGUCUCGGCAAUUUUGAGCCUACAGAUGUCAAGCAGCGCUUUGGUCCUGGUGAAGGUGGAAAGCCUCACAAGUUACGAGAGGAUCAGAAAAACGAUGUUCAAGAUUCGGAAUCUGAUUAUGGAAUGAAUAUGGUCUGUUCCGAUGAAAUCUCCCUUGACAGAUCCAUUCCAGAUACAAGGCCACAGGAAUGCAAACACUGGAAUUACCCAGAAUCUCUACCUCGCACCAGUGUUAUUAUAGUAUUUCACAAUGAAGGCUGGUCCGUCCUGAUGAGAACCGUUCAUUCGGUCAUCAACAGAACGCCGCCACAAUUUUUGGAGGAGGUUCUUCUUGUAGAUGACUUUUCGGAUAAAGAAAAUCUCAAGGAAGAAUUAGAAUCUUAUAUCGAGAGAUGGGAUGGAAAAGUGAGAAUUUUGAGAAACCACGAGAGACAAGGCCUAAUUAGGACACGAUCACGCGGAGCACGAGAGGCUAAAGGCGAAGUAAUCGUCUUUCUGGAUGCUCACUGCGAAGUCAACGUCAAUUGGUUGCCCCCGCUGUUGGCGCCCAUUAAUCUCGACCGGACAGUGAUGACGGUACCCGUAAUCGACGGAAUCGAUCACGAGGACUUUGCUUAUCACGAGGUAUAUUCAGAAGGAACUUUAUACCGUGGAAUAUUCGAAUGGGGAAUGUUGUACAAAGAGAACGAAUUGCCGAAACGAGAAUCAAAAACACGACCGUACAACAGUAUGCCUUACAAAUCGCCGACUCACGCCGGUGGGUUGUUCGCCAUCGACCGUAAAUAUUUCCUGUCCCUUGGAGGAUACGACGAAGGUCUUCUCGUAUGGGGAGGCGAGAAUUUCGAGCUGUCAUUUAAAAUUUGGCAAUGCGGCGGGAGUAUUUUGUGGGUUCCUUGUUCGCACGUUGGUCACGUUUACCGAGGAUUCAUGCCUUACAACUUUGGCAAAUUGGCUGCGAAAAAGAAAGGACCUCUUAUCACGAUCAAUUAUAAGCGCGUUAUCGAGACGUGGUUCGAUGAGAAGCAUAAAGAAUUUUUCUACACGCGAGAGCCUCUGGCACGGUUACUCGAUCACGGAGACAUAACGGAACAACUGGCGUUCAAGGAACGUAAAAAAUGCAAAAGUUUCCAAUGGUACAUGGACAAUGUGGCUUACGACGUCUUGGACAAAUUUCCGGAACUCCCGCGAAAUCUUCACUGGGGCGAGUUAAGAAGUGAUGCAACGUCAAACUGCCUCGAUACCAUGGGCAAUUCUCCACCCAGACUUAUGGCUACAUCUCGUUGCCACGGUUCUGGAAAUAAUCAGUUGAUGAGGCUGAACGAGAAGGGACAAUUGGGCGUUGGUGAACGUUGCGUCGAUGCCGACACUCAAGGAAUCAAAUUAACUUUUUGUCACCUAGGAACGGUCAACGGACCAUGGCAAUACGACGAGAAAACGAAAACUUUACUUCACCGAGUACACAAAAAAUGCAUGGCACUCCAUCCUCAAACGCAUCAAUUAUCGUUAUUGCCCUGCGACGUCAAGAACACUUAUCAUAAAUGGACGUUCCACCCAAUUCAACCGCGCUGGUACGCUUUUUUCGUAUUUCUCAAGACUCGCGUCGAUAUCAGCCUCUCGAACGUCGUGAUCAAAGUUCCUUUCCGAGCAAACAGGAACAUUCGGAUUCGACGAUUGAUACUCGAGAAACAAAUCUCGUACGUGCUGAGAAACGUCUCGACUUCCAAGAUCUUCUUCUUCGACGCUCGUGAAUAUCUCGGCAAAGCUGAGAUUAACGCAGAUAUUUGGUUCGUAACUCUUCGUAUAUUCUUCGAACUCUUUGGUUCGUAUACUCUUUGGAGUACAAAUUUAUGGAGAUGAAGAUUAAAAUAUAAAAAUUGAAUUUCAAGCUUGGAUUAAAUAAUCGAAAAGUAAUUUAAAAAAGUUGUUGAAAUUUAUGCUUGCGUCGUUAUCCAAAUGGCCAUUUUUCUCAGCUCAUUUGUUGGGCUGUAAAACGAAAAAAAAAAAACUGAGAAAAGUUUUGAGGCGAUCCACCAGACUCGCAAUCAGUAAAAUUCCUACUUGCACACUUUUCCUUUUACACAGUUCGAAUUUCGAGAAAUUCGACUGUGCUCGAAUCCUUCAUCUAAUGUUUCGAUUUCCAAUUUAUUUACAAAUUCAUUUUAUUACUAAAUACUGGAAUUUCGAACAUGGACAAUGUGGCUUACGACGUCUUGGACAAAUUUCCGGAACUCCCGCGAAAUCUUCACUGGGGCGAGGUAAUUGCUUUGUUUCAAUUGAAUAAACCAAAAUAAACGAAAAACUAUCAGGAAACAGUGUGGAUUUUUCUUCUGUUGAUAUUUAGUUAAGAAGUGAUGCAACGUCAAACUGCCUCGAUACCAUGGGCAAUUCUCCACCCAAACUUAUGGCUACAUCUCGUUGCCACGGUUCUGGAAAUAAUCAGUUGAUGAGGCUGAACGAGAAGGGACAAUUGGGCGUUGGUGAACGUUGCGUCGAUGCCGACACUCAAGGAAUCAAAUUAACUUUUUGUCACCUAGGAACGGUCAACGGACCGUGGCAAUACGACGAG